AUGUCCAGUAGGAGCUUCCAGGGACUGAAGCAACAGGCGGAAGGUGCAGCCAAAGAUGCUGCAAACACUUUUGGACAGGCUGCUCAGGAUGCAGUCAACCAGGUUACGGAUGCAAGUCAGAAAGCUAUUGAUCAGGCUUGCAAGACAGCUCAAGAUGGUGUAGAAAAAGCAACUGGCCAAGCUGCAGAAGCAAUCUCUGGCUUGGGGAAAAAAUGUGGAUUUAAGAAAUGAUACUUU